CCCAGGGCAGUGAUUUCCACAGGAGUUACCGGUGCAUGAAAGUCGCAGACAGACGAUAUUUCGGGGGUGUGUACUGAGAUGUGAUGAACAAGUACGAAGUUCUUGGAGUUGUGGGCGAAGGUGCCUAUGGAGUCGUCCUCAAAGCCAGACACAAGGAGACCAAGGAAAUGGUGGCCAUCAAGAAGUUUAAAGAUGGAGAAGACAAUGAAGAUGUGAAGCGCACCACCUUGCGUGAGUUGAAGGUACUGCGGAUGCUGAAGAAUGAGAACAUUGUGGAGUUGAAGGAAGCUUUCAAACGUAGAGGCAAACUGUACCUGGUGUUCGAGUAUGUGGAGAAGAACAUGUUGGAGAUCCUUGAGGCGAUGCCCAACGGAGUUCCGUACGAGCAGACCCGCAGCUACAUCUACCAGCUCAUCCUGGCUAUCCACUGGUGCCACAAGAACGACAUCAUUCACAGAGACAUCAAACCCGAGAAUCUACUAAUAAGCAAGGAGGGACUCCUGAAGCUCUGUGAUUUUGGCUUUGCGAGAAACCUCCAAGGUGGCGGCAGUGCUCCCUACACAGACUAUGUGGCCACCAGGUGGUACAGGUCUCCCGAACUACUGCUGGGAGCACCUUACGGCAAGUCCGUGGACCUGUGGUCUAUCGGCUGUAUCCUUGGCGAGCUGUCCGACGGACAGCCGCUGUUUCCUGGAGAGAGUGAGAUUGACCAACUGUACACCAUACAGAAGGUGCUGGGUAUCCUACCUCCCGAUCAGAUGGACCUCUUCUAUGCAAACCCCAGGUUCUCAGGGCUUAAGUUCCCAGCUGUUUCAGAACCCAUCACCCUGGAGAGGAGAUACCACAACGUUAUCAACAGUGUCACUCUGGAUUUCAUGGCGGGAGUCUUGAGACUUGACCCCAAGGAGAGACUGUCCAUAGAGCAGUGUCUGGAGCAUCCUGCCUUUGAUACGGAGAGAAUCCUGAGACAGAACAAGAGGCCUUACAGAAUCAACUCCACACACAGCAAACCUGCACACAGGGAACACAUCAGCACAAGAACUGAGGGCAGACAACUUCCGAGCAGGCCUCCGACGUACAGUGAACACAUGAACGGUCAUGCCCCCCCUCUCACGAUGGAACAUUCCAGUACGAGCCAGCACGGCGGCUCUGUACCGCAAGUCAGUACCCAGGCGGGGGGACAACUCCUCAAGUACCUCAAGUCCGGCAAGAAUGCCGCGAAAGACAGGGCCGAAAAUAACGAAGAGCGGAAAAAUCCAUCCAAAUAUGGUGCCAACAUUCCUGAGCCAAAGCCAAGGGCUGGUGAAAGUACAAACAUACCAAAGUUGCAGGAAAAUGACCAAAGAACUCACGCAAGCAAGCUGUUAAAGCCUGGUUGGUCGAAAGUCGUAGGUCCUAGGCGAGAUGGCGUCCAUUCUGACAGCCCGGAUGCGAGGCAUCAGGGUAAGGAGAAUUUGCAUACGAGAAAUCAGAGAAUCGUAGAGGAGUCACAGCAACAGGGGAAGGAGAUGGGAGCAGCAAGGAAUCAUGGGAACACUGAAGAUACCAGAAUACAUGGGAAUGUACGGAACAAUGGAAACGCACCCAACUCGAGAGUUAACGAGAACAGACUUCCCCCGUACUUACGAAACAACGCGGAUGCCGCAAGGCAUCAAGGGAACGUGCACCCGAACAUGCGUAACCACGGGAAUACCGACGACGCUCGGCAACCUGGGAAUAACAAUGCUUCAAGGGAAACAAACAACAUGACAGCUGAGAGGAAUACACAAGCACAGGCAUGGAACCAAGAGAGCCCAGAAGGGCGGGGUAAUCGUCAUGGCAACACAGAACUUAGACAAAACCCUGACACCAAGCAGGGUGGCAAUGUGAAACCCUUACCACAGUAUCAACCCAGAAACACUGACCUAGAGGUCAACCGUCCUGUGACUAGUUUUGAGCUGACCCAGAGGUUCCCCCAGGGGGUGGGGAUGGAGGGCUCCACCCCAGGGAGGAGCGAGAGUACCUUCCCUGAUGUUGAUGAGGCUGGACAGGGCACAAGUCCACCAUGUCUGGGGCAGGAUGACAAGAAAGCAGUAAAGUUCCAGUCCAGUGUGGUGGAAGACUUUCGCUUCUCCAAACAAAAUGGCGUCACCACUCGGAGACGGAACAGGGAUGGAUCAGCCGACUCUGCUCCGGAGAAACAGCGCCUACCUGGGGUUAGAGGAGAGGGAAUGGAUGGAGACGCCCACUCUUCAGGGCGUGGUCAUGAUGCUGGGUCACUGCUGAGGGAAAGGAGAGCAAAGAGCCAGUAUUAUGAUGGCAGCACAGCUCGAGGCAGUAUGGAGGGAGGCUUUGAUAACAAGGAAUCUUCAGAGCGUAGCCCACAGCAUGACCCCAUGAAGUACACCUACCCAUACAAGUACGGCCCCAGUAUGGUCUUCGACUCUUCCCCUGAGUCCACUGGUGGCAACAGGAACUGGGGAGGAACCACUCAGACAACAGGGGGGAACAGGACCUGGGGAGGGACAGCACAGGAACCUGAACAGUGGAAAGAUGCUGAGCCUACUCCUGAGCCUGCCUGGAAACCUGCUGGAACCUACCAACAAAACUUCAUGAGGAAGAAGAAAAAGAAGAAAGCUUCCACUCUACCUGGUGGAGACACAGACAGAAUAGCCAUACAGAGAGCCAUCUACGGUGGAGGGGCACCCAAGGCUAGGGACUGGGAGAGGCUGGACACACCGCAUCGAGAGCACAGACAACCCAAACCCUUCCGUAAGCUGGCCCAGACACCGGCAGAGAAGAUGCUCGCUGCGGGGGCCGGAUACUCACGGAACACGGACUCACGUCUACACCCGCUGCCGCAGCGCCAACUCCCAAUACUCAACCGGAAUAACUCCUUCGGGACAGACGGUAGCAACUUCAUGUCUCACAACUCCAUACAUCAACACUCCAAGUCCGAAUCUGACAGGCAGGAGGCAGGCAACAGGGGACACCCCACCCCGGGGGGUAUCAAGGCCCCCAACUGGCCAGCUCGGCCCAGCUCACCCGCACACACAGACAAUGUUAUAAACCCAGAGCUGAGAGUUAGCUCUACGGACGUACCCCCUCCUCACCAUCCAUCCCAAACACAGAGGAACCUACAGCCCAUCAAGAGUGCCAGAGGGGGUAGGGUACCUAACUUCAAUGGCUUGAAGGAAACAGCUUUAUAAGACUGUUGGUUUGACCAGGGGUUGUGAUUUGGCAGUAUUUGGGGGAGGGGGAUGCUUUGUGUACCCACCAACCUCUUUAAGGAAGUGAAAACUUCUCAGAAUUUUGUAGGUAAGGUAGAGUAGAUAGAAAGUGUAAAUGUUUGUAGAUACAGACCAAA